CACAAAACACUUACAAUCACCAAUUUGUCCCUCCCAGACAACCUCUUGUCUCUGUUACAAACCGCGACACUGACUACCCGUGACUAACCGAAUCUAGAGACUGAGAAAGAUGGCGUCGUGGUCUGCUGCUAAGACCUUCAACAUUUCAUCCGUCAACACCGCCGUCAUCAACCGCCGAGCCUCAUGGGCCACCGGGAUCGGCGGUCUCUCAGUUGCCGGCACCGCUAUGUGGCGUAGCUCUUCGUCUAAGCGCUCUCUGCCCUUCCUUUGCUCGAGCCUUUCUACUGAUGCUCGGAUCAAGGAAGCUGUUCACACUGAUAAGGCCCCAGCGGCAUUGGGACCAUAUUCUCAAGCAAUCAAAGCCAACAACCUUCUGUUUGUGUCGGGUGUUCUUGGUCUUGUUCCCGAGACGGGGAAGUUCGCCUCAGAUGAUGUUGAAGUUCAGACCGAGCAGAUUCUAAAAAAUAUGGGGGAGAUCUUAACUUCUGGGGGUGCCAGCUACGCAUCAGUUGUUAAGACAACAAUUUUGUUGGCCGAUUUGAAGGACUUCAAGAAAGUUAAUGACAUCUAUGCUAAAUACUUUCCUUCACCUGCCCCGGCUCGCGCGACUUAUCAGGUAGCUGCCUUGCCGAUGGAUGCCAAGAUUGAAAUAGAGUGUAUAGCAGCACUCUGAGCUCCAGUUGUAUCCAUGGAUGACUCUUCGGUAGAAUCAGGUCAAUAAUGCAGGUGGGACAUUAUGACAUAUCCAACCAUAGGUGAUGUCUUUGGUCUUUUCUAGUUGAGACAUGAUUCUCUUCAUAUAUUCUCUUUCAAGAUAUUGUGCUCAAUAAAAAUGAAAGAAGUUGAAGAGUUAUAGUUUGUAAGUUACAUGAAGUCAUGAACCAUAGUUUGGAUGUCUCAUAUAAUAAAGCGAGUAGUCCCCAAGUCUUUUGAGAUUAGUGUUUGUUUGGUUUUACAAUUGGAACACUUAGAAUUGAAUCUGAAUGUAUAGAAUUGAUUUUGACA